AUGACGUGCAAGCGAUGGAGCCGCCUCGUAGCCGACGCCUCCUUCCUUCGCCGUCGCUGGCCAGAUGAUCAUGGGGCCAGUCGCUUCCUCGCCGGCUUCUUCGCCCCAAAACGGCUCGACCGUACGGAUCCCACCUUCCGGACAGGGGACCCCAUGUUUGCAACGUUUUUCAUCCCAACACAGCGGUCAGUGUUCGCCCGCCGCUCCCUCAGCUCCUUUUUCCCCGAUGUUGAUCCAUGCCUUCUCGAUGGCGCGGAACCGCUAACCGCGCGCUCCGGCCUCCUCCUCGUGCGCCUCUUCUCGGACCCACCUGCUGGCUACCAGUACGACAAGUCCGCCAUUCAUCUGGCUGUAUGCAAUCUGCUCGCCGGCGUGUGCGACGUGCUUCCCCCACUAUGCGAACAUUUGGAUUUCAACAAAAGCGGCUACGCCAUCCUAACUAAUGCAGAUGGUUCCUCGAGCGUAGAGCAACUGUCUUGGCAACCGGGCUACUCGACCUUCUUUAAAGUGCUAAUCAUCGGCACGAUGUAUUUCGGCCCGCCCAGGCUCUACACAUUCUCAUCCAGCAAGUCAAUGUGGAGUAAGCCUAUAAAAUUAACUUUUGACACUGCUAGGGGGAUCCGUGAGUAUAAGCAUCCCGACGCCAUUGUGUCUCGCGGUAAGGUGCAUUGUAGCAUCCGGAUAUGGUACCCCGACUACUCUCUUGACAUGGACAUGGAGACGCUUCACAUCUCUCACACAAUGAUCAUGGAUAGGACAACUUACACGGAAACCAACGAGGACCCACAGCUUGGGGUCACCACCGAUGGGACGCCCUUCGUGUUACUUCUGUCAAGACCAGGCCUCGAGCUAAAGAUCUGCACGUGGCAAGAUGAAAAAAAGAGUGAGGAUGGUGCUAUUGUCAAAGCCGCGUGGCUCACCACGCGCAUUUUAGAGUUGAAACCACCUAGGCUGAUUAAAAGAAGGCCAGAGAAAAUAUACCUAAGAUUGUUAGGAGAGAAGAGUGGAACGAUGCUACUCAAAGAUAGCCAGCGGCAGAUUUACAUCGCUGAUCUUGAGACAGGAGUGAUGGAGCAGUUUGAGUUGCCUGAUGGUUUCUAUGGGCUUAACCGUCAGAAGGUCGUGUUGUUGGAGAUGGACUGGCUAGCAUUAUUCGUUUCCCGGCUUGGGAAGUGGUAG